AAACAUGUAGACUUGUUUAAUCACUUCAGUCGGUAUGACUGACAUAUGAAUUGUUUAUCUGUGCCUGAUAUGAGUCCAAAUAUGACACGUAAGCUAGGUAACGUUAACUCGUCCACGUGACUGCUGCUUCCAUGAAGUCAGAUAGUUAGUGCGAACCUGCUACUGUGUUCCCUGCGAGACCGAGACCGAGACGUGACGGGCGGCAGUUGUGGCGCGGUAGCUGACAGAGAGAGGGGCUGGGUUUCUAGAGCUGAGUAACACAAGAGACAAGAGUUGUUGAGCGGACAACGUGGAACCAGAGGGGGUUUUGAAGCGAAAUGCGACUCUAUAUUCACGGUAGAUAACAGGAUCACUCUGGUAGCUGGAAGUUGGCGGGACAGUGUUGAAAAUUUGACGUUUGAAGGCUCGACCUGCACGUGGAACACAAACGUAAAUCAGCUCCCAAAAGUGGAAGCCUGGUGUAGCCUGAGCUGAGCGUCACGCAGUAACCACGUUUACUCCAAAGGCUUCUUUCGACGUGGUUCUGUCGAAUUUCAAUUGUGUGAGUCCAGCCCAGCUCUCCUCUGUCUCUCCCGUGAGUGUCCUGCCCCAAGAUGGAGGUCAAGACGGCCAUCAACAGGGAGAUCUUCACGCCACACGAUGAGAAGAUGCUGGUGGCGGUGCAGGUGAAGCGGAGGACCAAGAAGAAGAUCCCCUUCCUGGCCACCGGGGGCCAAGGAGACUACUCCACCUUCAUCUGCAUAUCAAAAACCAAAAAGAAGCCGUUCCAUGUGUCCAUCACCAAAGUGAAGAAGUUCGAGGGCUCCAUGGCGUUCGUGCGGCGCUCCCAGUGGUCAAUCGCCCAGCUGCGCCAGGUCAAUGGGAUCGACCCCAACAGAGACUCUCCGGAGUUCGAUCUGACCUUUGACACCGCGUUUGACCAGUGGGUGGCCAGUUCGUGCGGGGAGAAGGGCAUCUUUGUCCAGGUGCUUCACACUACCUGUCAGCAAAACUGCUCGGAGAGGAAGCCAGAGUUCGUCAACUGCCAGGCACACCUGCUGAGAGCGGACGAUCAGUCAGUAAGUUCAGCGAGUAAAGUCUUUGUCCGCUGCCAGAUCUAUUUGAGGAAAAAGGGGGUCAGACUGAAGAAAGAGGUGGUCUCAGAGGCAGGCCGUCUGCUUAGCGCAGGUAACAGCAUCCUUCACACGGCGGCGGACAGCGUGACGAGUGCGGUGCAGAAGGCGAGCCAGGCGCUGAACGAGCGCGGGGAGAGGCUGGGCCGCACCGAGGAGAAGACCAGCGAGAUGAUGAACAGCGCACAGCAGUUUGCAGACACCGCACACAAGCUGGCGAUGAAGCACAAGUGUUAGGCCGCGGUCACGAUGCCAAACCUCCGGGCCGAAGGGACCUACUGAAGAGCACCUGCCUCUCGAACACCAACAACACGUUUCCACGUUUCCAAACCUUUCUAUCGGUCUCAUCUUUUAACAACACCUGUAUUGUUGACAGUGUCAUGAUUUUAAACACACGUUACUGUGCCCACGCCAAGACUUCUCGUUGAGGUGGUGGAGAGAUGGUGUAGCGAGCAAACUUUUAUGAAACUUCAACCCUAUGACCCAGCGAGGUGACCGGAGACCUGUGGCACCAGAGAAGUGACCUGCAGUACUGUUUGUCAAAGCCAGGGGGUGCUGUGGCACAGAGGGAGCCAUGUCAGAGUGAGCACCGUGGGGAUUUCAAAAAUAAACACUUUAACUAGCGGUUUAGACUUGUGUUUUUAACAAUUUGUGUAGUUAGAUUUAGAUUAUAUUUGACGGUGUCUUCCAUGCAUUUCAGACUAUACCAGAUGAGUAUUUUAAAAAGUGACAGGAGCCUGGUACUCCUUCCCCAGCUUAGGCUGGAAUAGGUUCUGAUCUUGCUCUAGAUCCGACAAUACGUUGGGUGCUUUGCCUGCAUAUGAUGAGGGGUAAUUGCUAUAAGGAGAGGGCUUCAGGGAGUGGAUGAUGGCCUUCACCGCACCCAGACUGCUGUGAAAGACUGGCUUUAUUUGGGAGCUUUCACAGUAAUUGCCAAUAGCAUCAGAUUCAAUACUGCAUUGAGAAGCCCUUGCACACUGCAUUGAGAAGCCCUUGUGUUGCUGUAGCACCGAGCACAUACUAACAUUUGGAAUUGGACAUGCUUCUCUCUAUUUCCUCUUUUCAAUGUAUCUCCAAACUAAAGCAACUCCUGUAAGCUCGACAACAUACACUUUUCACCAUAAUGUUGGUGAAACCAAUAACUAUGUCAUGCAAUAAUAAAUUUGCCCGUGAGAUGCCCAGACAGUAUGUGGGCAUGUUCAUGUAUGCCAACGCUCCAUUGGCAGAAAGCCCACAGAGGCUCAGUGUGUUGCCGUCAGGUGUUGCUUUGUCUGUUCUGUGCUGUAGAGUGAUGCCAUUCCUUGGUUGUAGAUAUUGACGUGUUUUGAGGACAGUAAGGUUUUUACUGUGCCAUAAUUACUCAACAUCUCUCUGCAAUUUACUAUGGAGAUGAUCACUCCAUUUUUAACAUUUGGAUACCUUUUUUUUUUUUGGAGAAAGUUAUGUAAAUAUCAAUACGGGGUACUUGAAAAAUGAAGUAAGGAAACCGAAUAAGUUUGUUACUAAGCCUUGAGACAGAGUAUAGUAUGUCAAACACAUACACACACAGACACACACACACAUACAUGCACACACACAGUUUUGGGGUGGAGUGGGAUGGGGUAUGUUGGGAUAGUUGGGUGGGCUGGAGGGUGUUGGCAUGGGGAUAACAGAAGUUUCAGAUUUAGAGUUUAAAAACACGAUGAAUGAAUGACUUUUAAUUCAGAUUUAAACUUUAAAAACACGAUGAAUGAAUUACUUUUAAUUCAGAUUUAGAGUUUAAAAACACGAUGAAUGAAUGACUUUUAAUUCACAUUUCACCUUAAUGUAGUGCUUGGAGGAGUUAGCACUGCACUUCCUGUCUGUGAAUGAUAACAGGAAGUGCUCAGCCGUCCUGUGGCUUCAGUGUUUAUGCGUCCGUAACGCUCACUGUUCAAAACAACAGUUCUCACAGAAAUUAGAUGCUUUUAUGUGGAACAACCACAUUCUCUCUGUUUACUUGUUUUUUUAUAAUAUAUAUUGAGAUUUUAUAUAUUUUUUUGCUGUUAGAAUACACUGACAACAUAACCUUUGCAGAGCACUGUCCGCUAGACAGCUUUUUGGCUACAGUAGUUGCCUCUCGGUGUUUGUAUCAUUUCUUUUAUAAGUUUGGAUAUUUAUCCUUGUAAUAAUAAACAAAAUAUAUAAUAAUAACAAAAGUAUUCAAAUGUUAACAUGGUUGACUCAGCAUUAUUGUUAUUGACUUUAUUUUUGUUUAUGUUUUUGUUUUUGUUUUUCUGGUGAACGUGCUCUAGAUGCUCCUGUGUUUGCCUGUGCUUCUUCCUGUUCCCUCACCUGUUCCCUCACCUUUUCAAAACGUGACUAAUGACGUUGUUCACUAUCGUUUCACAUUUGACUCUGCUUUUGGUAACCUGAUUAAAAAUAUUUUAAAUAUAAUUUAUGUGUAUUAAAUAACUCAAAAGAUGA